AUGGAAUGUAAGUCCUAUAUUCGCUUUUUAUGUAUUUAACUCAUCCUUAAGAGUGUAUGAUUGUCAAGCUCGCUAAAGCUUUUUGGCGGCAUUUGGGGUAUUUAGCGUUUCAGUGUAUCAUUCAGCACAUUCUCUAAAAAUACAAAACAGGAUAUGCUAAUCAGUAAAUUUCCGAAAAUACAGGACAGUUCGAUAAAGUCUUCGGUCUAAAGGAAACAAAUACUGCUUCCAGGGCACCUAUUGGAAUUCUCAAAUUAGGGCUAGUUGUUUUUAUCUACUAGGGGAGGAGCAAGGCACUAACUUGGGUACCAUCAUGGUUAUCAGCAACUGGGGCCAGUUCUUCGAGGGAGUGAUAACUGUGUGUUAUAAUAUAAUGGACAGAGCUGAACCACAUGUCUGCGCAAUCAGGAAAUCGUCACUGCACGCCAUAGCUUGAGGACAUUAUGACCUGAUUUCAUCUCAACCAGCAAUCGGGAACUUUGCCUAUAAAGACGGGAGAGGCUGAGAUUGCCGCUUCUAGUUUAUCUGCAGUCAGCAGCCAGGUACAACUGGCGUACAGGUAUAGAGACCCAGGACUUCAAUCUUCAUUCUGAACAUAAAAUACUAAAUAAACUUCUCUAUCGCCUAGUUCCUAAGCCGUCGUUCUGUCGGCUACCACCCGGAAUAUUUCAAUUCAUGUUUAUUUGCAUUUGUACUUGUACCAAGUGCAGCUGUGACCAUGCCCGAUCUAGCUGGCAUCAAUAAUGUUGAUUGUGCCUCCACCUACAAUGGUCCGCGGCAGCGGGUCUGUACGGCUCGACUCAUUCUCUUCUCAAGUGACGGAGACCGAAUACCGAAGGUCAAAUAGCUACUUCCAUGUCUUGACGAACUGCGUCGUGCCAGUUUUUGACUUAACCUUCUUCUCAACGUCUCCAGGGAAAGCGGUACCGAUUCGAGGACAACAACACUGAGCUCUUGAGGCGGACGACGGAGAACAUGUUCAAAUCACCUCAAUCGUCUUUCUUAAAUGGCCUCAGAUAUCCUCGCGGUGCCGUAGCCAGUGCAAACUGUCUUAUUUGAGACGAAGGCGAUGCACUUCACUGUCCUUUGGCUUUUAAAUAGUACCUGUGCUGUCAGAUAUGAUAUAUCACGCAACCUAUGCAUGUACUACUGGCUGCCUGUUAGCAGUUUACAAGUAUUGCGCAGUUAUUCCGCCGUAGCUGUUGGACUUCGGUCCAAAUAUUUAUAUCAAAUUUCAGUCUGAGUCUAUAGAUCUCAUAUAAACUGAGGAAAGGAAAAAGCCGCAACUGUCAACUUAUUCAAGUUGACCGUCUUUAACCGCGAGUGGUGUCGUCUCCUGGUCAGAGAUGCAGGUCGAAAACACCUUGGUAUUCCCAGCGUCUAUGGGUAAACCGAAGGAUUUCGCGAAUUCAUUCACCCGGGACACCACGGACUGUGAAUCACCAAAAAUUAAGGCUAGCAAACGGGACAUCGUCAGCGUAGUCGGUCAGCAGGCGUCCAGGUACAAGCCUAACACCAUGAACUCCGUGUAGGACCUUUUCGAGAAUCCAGUUAAUUGUGGAGUUGAAGAGGAGGGGUGACAGGUGACAAACUUGUCGAACGCCAAACCGAAUAUCGAACGGUUGGGGCGGAUUGUUAUGGACGAGAACUCGCAUAGUGGUGGAACGAUAAUAGGCCUUGAUUAUGAAGAUAUUGUUGCUGAUAUAUCAUCAUCCGCCAUGGGGACUCAUAGAGCCAGGAUGCCAUUGUCGAAUUAUUCAAAAUCAGCCAAAACAUCUAUGAAAAAAAGACUUGCAGAUUUCGGGGCGCCUUUUUGUUGUGCAGUCUCUGUAUUCCAUCUGCGAUUUCUCCCUCGGAUGGGGUGGUCUCGUGAUACUGCACAGACUGGGGAGGGGUAAAAUUCCGCUGCAGCAGGGAGUAGGGGUAUUGUGAGUUGAUCGUGAAAGUCUAGAAGAUGCUGGAAGUGCUCACGCCAGCGCUGGAUCUUGGCCGCGUUGUCAGCAAUAACACUGUCAUUCACAUGGUGAACAGUUACCCAGUGCGGAGAGCCUACCACUAAUUUCCAAAGUGAUUUUCUAGAGUCUUCGAGUGUUACCGACGUUUGCGAUCUGCUCCAUGAAGGCCGUUAUGCCAGCCAGCUAGUUUUCCCAUCACCUUUAACACACUUUGCCAUCAUUUUACGGUGUUGACAGAAAGAAUAAUCAUUGCGGGACGUGGUCUGAACCAUCUGAAUAGGCAGCUGCAAGGUUCUUACACUGGUCCAAUCACUGCGACGCCUCUGAGUUAGUGAAAGAAUUUUCCCAACUGUCCAUAUAAUGAUGACUUCAUUGAUAAUUAUUUGCUAAUGACGUCUCCGUCAGGUUAGGGUCAUGGAACGAGACAGAUUGCUGUGCACAGAGCCUCAGCGGUGCUGGGUUGUCGAAGUGUUUUGACGUCAAGCCAUCCUGCUCGUAAUAUUUUGGCUGCGUAUGUGAGGUGAAUUUUCCGACGUGUGCGAACGAGAAUAUGGUCCAAUUCAUGGACAUUACCGGUUUCGGCGCCAGGCAUAUAUCUGUUAUCAUGAGGAACCUUGAGCCAAAUAGAAUGCAGCAGAUCUGAUGCCGUAUUGCCGUCGCCUGAACACCAUGUCCGAAGAUGUUUGUGGCAAUGCUAGAACGCGUAUUGGGGACAAACAGUCGGUUCUGAGUGCCAAAGUUGACCAUCCUCUAAAGGGUCCAGUCCAAAACGAGUAGCCGGGUUCUGCCCACCCUUUCUAGACCCCGGCCACAAUCAGCAGAGCACAACCAGGGAAUCUUUCAACCAACUAUUGAAGUUACAACUGGAAAGCCUCUUUGUCGCGCUGGUCGGCGGCCGAUAUUGGUGCGUACACAGAGACGACAUUGACUAGUUCCCACCGUUCACAUAUUGUGAUAGGGCGAUCACCACAUCGUAUUUAUCAGAAGAUUCGCGUGGACCACAGUGGUACAGCAUGAAGUGGGAGUUGAUUCUGGGGAUCUUUAUUCCCCGAGCACCUACGUCGGGGAUUCGGACUAUACACAGGCAGCAGACAUCCGCGUUACACUGAUGAAGACUGCGCACCUCCAGGGUACGAGGGUGCAGGAACAUUCGCACUCUUUAGCGUCCAAUACCAACAUUUCUCUCCCACUUAAGUAGUCCAAUUCGUAUUCUAUUCAUCCACACUACUGGCCCUGGGUUGCGAGCGCAUACGCUCCUCCCGACAGCUUAACAUGAAUCGUAAUACUUGAAUCAGCCAUUUCCAUGUGUUUUUUGGAAGUUACAGUACAGUCGGGUUCCCAACAACCGCUCGGAUUGUUUGUUGGAUGUUGUCUCCUAUAGCGCCUUGGCUAAACAACCUAAUCACAGGGUAGCGGUAUCAACCAACCAACCAGUCGGUGUGUCAAACCUCAGCCCUCCGCACCUUAGUGGCAUUGCUGCCAGUGGUCUGUCGUUGCUUAUUCACCAAAACCGAGAGCCUACUUAUUUAGCGGCUAAUCUUCGCUGAAGGCCGGUCCACUAUCCGUCACCAGUGAACGGACCGAGAGGUCAGCAGCCAAACUAGCCGUUCAUCAGUCUAUCUGGAUUUCAGGGCGGAAUAAGGCGAUCUGGUUGUUUCUUGGAGCUUCAGUCGCCUAGAAUUCAUGAAGACAGUCGCUAUUGCAAUAAAUAAUUAAAGCACUCCUAUUCCGCCUUACAAUCAAGAAGGCGCAGUGAACUUGGCCCCUUUGAGGAGAAGAAGAAUAUACAAUCGCUGGAACGAGGAGUUUAUUGGCCUGAUCUUCCGAAUUCUCACUCGAACGCAUCAUCAGAGACAUUUGCAGAAAAAGAUAGUAGGAGGCACAAACUGCGCAGUAUUUAUAGGUUGCGUUUGCCAGGCAACCACACACCUACUAUAUUGGCAGUACUCCUGCUCAUCACUGGGGUUCGUAGUUGAUGCGAUGACUGCUUGUCCGUCCGUACUCGAGUCGUUAACCGCCGUGAUCUCACCACUGUUGUCGAUUCUUGACGUGGUAAUUACUCGGCCAUUUGGGUCUCUGUCACCGUGACUUCUGAUAGAGGGCCCUAAGUUUGUCGCCAAACCCGUUCGAAAAAUCCCAUUAAUUGCAGAACCUACUGUCUUCUUCGGGGGGGACUUAAUAAAUUUAAUUUGAUUUCUCCUGCUAAAAAAAAGUUGUGUUCAGAACGACUGUGUUGUUAGUGUUAAAAUUCUUUAUUUCCCUAGACGUCCUCUCCACUGCAUAUAGAUAAAGACACUUCUGAAUAGGCCUUUAGUCAGAAGACUCUGGUGAAAACAAAGAAUACUUUUUGAGUAUAUACGGCAGCGAGCCCCUUUAUCAGUGACAACGGGCUGUGAUAGUUGUUCUAUCUAGGACAAGUAUUCUUAGGUCUGUCAUUGCGAUUACAUGUUUGACUGGUCAAAAUCGUCAUUUAAAAGUGGGAAAACACCGACUGAAUGGUAUUAACAUCCCUGAAUUAUUUUUUAAAAUUUUUCCCUGUAUGGGUUUGGCAUAACGUUUCAUGGGAACUGGCGUUCGCAUUCGCCGAGUUGCUAGCUACCCGACAAGUUAAUGGGCCAGCGAUGGUGAGACGGCUUUUAAUGGAGGCUUUUGUAAGUAAACAGUCGUGAACCGGCAGCUGCGGUGUUGCCAGGAUGCAGAUGACCGACUUCUGGCACGUAAAGCCUGAUGACGGCUAUGUGACAUGAAGACAGUGAGCCGUAGUUAAAUCAGUCCACCUGCUGCUGCUACCCUUCGGCUAGGUUUCAACGUGGCAAAGCAGUAAGAAGACAGAGUUUGCUUGACUGUUUGGAGCCCGCUUAUACCAGAGCUUCUAAAGAGGCCCCAAAAAAUCCUGACCGGUUAGAUCAGAAAUGAUUAAAGUCAUAUCAAGUGUAAAUAAAAGAUCUUACCUUUUCGUUGGUAAAUAGCAAAUGGACGGGAAUUCCGCACGUCUAAGUAAGGGAUCCUAUAAAGAGUUCAAUGCAAAUGAGAGGUGACCAAGCCCAUUUCUGUUAGUUUUAUCAACUGCCAUUAUCGUUUUUGACCAGUUUGAAUCUUGUUCAGAAAAAAGUUGUGCCGUUAUUGAAAUUUCGUACGUCUUUCCCCACACCAGCCAGUAGUUCUCUGUUUUGCUGCAAAGUGUACGCAGACACCAAUUUAAGGGCGUGAGUCGUCAUGCCGGUUUGCACUUCUGAGUCCGAGGAAUCUACGGGUAGGUGAGGUCAUGGUAAAUGUCUGAAUUAGGUGCCCUCAUUAAAAAAAUAAAAGCUAAAAGAACUGUGAAAUGACCCGUGCAACAUCCAGACUGCCAGCCCUAUAAUCUUCAAACAGAGGAUCUGCAUUAAAAGGCGGUAAUCUUUUUCAGAAUUUUAGUUCGCUUCGUAGAUGCGGCUGUGCACGCAGUAACGGAAGUCCAACCGUUACGUUAAAGUUGACCUUGCAUGCCUCCGCGUUCACCUGUUAGAUUUGGAAGAAAAUUUGCGUCUGUAGUUCAUAAAAAAAGUCGUAAGACGUGGUUUGGUUGACUCACCUGAUGGACACAAUAUCGUUGGGGUUGGGGUUAAGGGUUAGAGUUGGGAGUCAUGGCUAAAGGUUAGGGUUAGGGUUUAGGACUAGAGUUUAUAGUUAGGGGUUAGGGUUGGGGGUUAGCGCAGCUGUUUCUCAACCAUUCAAAGUACAACCGCCCAUGCCCAAUAUCUUUUCUUUUGCAUACAACUACUUGACCUCGUCGCCUGUGCGUUUCCGGCUCCACCUGUAAAAACCCCUCUUAACACUGGUUCCGCAUUAGAUGACGUGGUUUUUACGUUAGGUGGGGCUACAUAACCACGUCCGAUCGGAAAAGCAACCCGAGUUGAACAGUCUUUGGACAUAUCAUGGUUUUUAGACUUUUCUAAUAUGUUUACAUUGGCACCUUCUAAUCUUGCGCACCCAAACUCAGUCCUCAUCUCUGAUUUAAGUGGCCUAAUGCAAAUCCGGAAGUGUUGCUUUUUUCCCAGCGAGCAUAUGUAUACAGACGUAAUCGUAUUUGAAAAGCUACUUCAUUUCCCAAAAAAUACGAGAAAGCAACUUGAAUCAUCCAUUAGGAUUCGAAUUUUCAUGGCAUUUGCUGACCAGUGUCUCCUCUUGGCUAGUAUGCCUUUGGUAGUAAUCAAUUGAAGCUGAAUAUCAGUCAGCGUGGCCCCUAGGCAACAGUGGACAUAAAAACACGAUAACUGGGGACGAUGUCAGGCGCGCGCAUACACACACACGCACUACAGUUCGACCAUCGAUUACGAUGAUGUUCAUGAGAACAGGCCGAUGACUUGUGCGGGAUUUAGUUUGUAAUGAGUGUAGACCUGCACAGCAUCUACCGCACUCACUCCUCUCCACCUGGACCCCGUGUCAAGACAGAGUCAAGAACACCGGAGGCGGGGGCUCAGGUGGAUGGCGCGGUUGAGCCCUCGCCUUGGCGCUCCACUCCACACCCCUGGUCCACACAGCAAAUAACCGGGUUUUUGAUCAACAACAACAACAAUGGGGGGCGGCAGGGGUCCCAGUGCGCGCCGUCUGCCGGCAGCCGGGUCUACCACCGCACCCCGAAAUUUUGGCACUUGUUACGGUGCACAAAUCCGAUAACGCCUACCAAAAUCCGAGAUAUCCCCCGUGUUGGGCCAGCGCAUAUACCACGUGGCCCGUUUGGGAGGCACAACACACACACAAUAAAAGUAAGAAACGUUAGAAUGGAAAUGCGACGAAUGGGAAGAUAAGUCAUUGAGUCUUGCAAAGGGUGGCAGCCUGGGGGAACAUUUUCGUCAGAUGUGAAGUCGCCAAUUCACCAGGACUGAGAGUAACGUUUUGGACAUCAGCAGUCUGAGCAAAUUCAGUGUCGCAACAUUCAGAGCCUUGCCGCCUCUCAAGUCACUCGAAGAGAUGAAACAUUUUCGUUAGAUGUCGGCCGGAAGCGCAUACAGGCGUCGAUGCUGAGGCCGUCUGUAAGGAGAGGAUACAUGCUGACUAAGUGUCCUUUCUUAAAUGUCCACAUAUCAACACGAUCGUUCUAGUCAAGGAAUCGAGGAGCAACAUUGCACUAAAUAGCAAGGAACGAACGAAAAUAGCAAGCAGUAUCAGAUCAAGUUUGUGACAGCGCAGAUGGAUUAUGAAGGUUUACCAAGGACAGGGGAGAUGGUAGGACUUAGGCGACACCGUAACACACCGAUCACUUAAAAAGUUGUAGUAUUCAAACAAUUAGUCAUGCGAAUGUUUGCAGACUGUUUGUUCAUCUUAGGCCCUGUGAUGGCCUUCAGGUCUGAAAUUACGACAUUGCAUCAUUUUCUUCUAGUGCCUGAACCGCCCCCAGACACAGUUCAGGAGGAAAAAAAGCCGAGCGGAUCUACUGACCAGAUUAGAAGGACUCUCUCUCACGAUCCGGUAUUCAAGCAUCUCGGAGUCAGUUCGACCUUAGGCUCCGCACUCUGCCUAUCGCCAUCGUCGUCACCAUCAGUGCCCGCUUGUUCUGAUGAGAACAACGCCGCGACCAGCACAGCUUGUAGCGUCCAGCUAUUCCUCGGACAUUGUCAGAAGUCUGCCCGCGACUCGGCGGUGGCUGGAACAGGUAGAUGCACUUACACCAGUGGCAGGACAAAGCUGGCGACCAGGAGAAACAGUCGGUGAGGUUCUCAACUUUGUUUAUCUUGAAUUCAGACAUCAUGGUAGCCGAAUUUUACUUCCCCGCUUUUGAAUUCGGCCUUCAGUGCGAGAGUAUCGACUUAGCCGGACUCACUUAAUGUUUAUAGGAGUCUUCAUAGAGCAUAAAUGACAGCGAAAUGUUGUAUUUGAAAACAUUUUGGUACACUUAUAACAGAUACGUGGCUAAGUUAAUAGCUAGGGACUGACUUGUUCUGUCGACUACAAGCUGCAGUUCCUCCUAAAUCAGUCGCGAUCGAGAAAACACAGACAACAGAGUGUGAACAUCAACACUCGACAUUGUGCCCAGGCAUAAACUGGAUAGACUUAUCUACCAAGUGCAUUAUUGGCGGGAGGUAAAGCGACAUAAAAGGCUGAUGACGGUCUUUCUCAGGACCUCGACUCCUCCUUCGCGCAUAUUUGCCGCGUCUGUCGGGUAGUCAGUGUCAACACCCAGGCGAUCAUUUAAGGCCGUCCAAAGAUAUGCAAAGCCUGGGUAACUAUUGAGCGGACCUGUCGUGGCUCUGGAUUAGCGGUGAAAACCUCACAACCUGAGCCAGGUCCGUAGCGGAGAUGUACGCACGUGAAGUCGCACCAGUACGGGUAACGUUCGCAGGUAGAAAGUAUGUUGACAGACUGCUGAACUUAGGAUGAUAGGAGGAUCCAUAAGCCGAGUCUUGGUAGAGCAACUGACAAAGGGCCUGGCAUUGUGGGCAAACUCUCGAUUUUAUACCUCGAAAGGGCGUCAUCCUAGAGACAGGAAGGAAAUGUCUUCUUAGAAUUACCAAGUGUCGUGCUUGGGCUCCAUAAUCAGAGUCGAAAGAUGGAACAUUAGUAUGUUGAACCGCAUAAUUUUUAACAGCGAAUCUAAAUUUUAAUUACGUGAUGCUGACAACGGAUUUCGCAUGUGGAGUGUUGUCAAGUAAGUAAUGUUGUACAGAUGACGAAGUCGGUGGUUCAGGAAAUCGAGCAUUUCUCCGCUCAUGGGUGGCAACACGGACUAGCAGAAAGAGAGGACCCAAUUGUUAUUCGUCAGUAUGCGCAGCUGGUUGUUGGGGGAAAAGCUCUUUCUGAGAUUUUGCCCUAAUUCAUCGAGUUCACCCUCUCGAAGCACUUUAGGUGACGUCGACACCCAGUCGCCUUUAUCACGUUUUUGGUCCGUGAAUCUCUAGUAGAUGGUUAACCUGCUUGACCCCUUCCAAACGCUAAACUUCGCAAACGUCCAUUACGGGGCUGUAAAGCUAUUGCCACAAAUAAUGGCAGGUUUAUUGAAAGCACAUCAGUAAGCUGUGUCGCCGCGAGUGUCAGUCUUCCAGCGCCAACAACUUGCCUUUGGAUAACCCUGUUUUUCUAGUGUAACAUCCCCUAAUUGAGUCCAUUAAUGGUCUCACUGUGCCUUUGAUGGUUCACUUAUAGUAGACAAGGUGGAUUAUGCUCAUCUAAUCGAAAAAAGGAACACGGCGUUUCAUUAGCCCAAUUUGUCAUGUCUUAAGACAGACACUAACGAAGUCAGUACUACCAGCACAUCCCAGUAGAUCUGUUCGCGUUUGGCCGUUCUCAAGCCAUCAAUGGAUUUUGCUCAGUGCCACAAUAAUGUCGUAAAUUCGCCUCAUUUCCGCUCUCCUGUCAACUAUUUGCUUCUUAUCCGAUGGAUGUCCUGCCAUGCCAAAGGGAUAAGAUUUUAUACGCGAACGAACGGCUUUGGCACAUUCGGUCAUUGCGACUCCUACGUCGGUGAUUUAUUUGAGGCAAAUUUUAUUUAAUGGGUCUAUCCUCCGGAAAUACUUGGAUUUUGUCCAGUCAUUAGGGGCCUCUCCCAGGUUUGCAUAUACCAAUUUAAUGAAUGUUCGGUAUUCUGUCGUCGUGGCGAAAUUACUAUAAACUUCCCAGUCCGAUUUCUUGUUCAUAGUCUUUUUUAUGAGCAAAACUGUGUCCAUUUCCCGUACUUGUCCAUAUUAACUUACGUCCUGUUUAUCUGGAUGUUCGAAGUGUGUACUCGCAGCUGCAGAAAUUGCUAUCAUGGAAAUUGUUGCGCGGCACAACCCUGCUUUGUGGCAGUCCCCUUUACUUCUGUGCUCUAAUGCGCUGUAGGCAGAUAGCAUGACAUUCUUCAUCAGUGACUUUUCGUGCAAACUGUUUGCGCUCACGUUUCUGGCCGUGAUAACAGCAUGCAUAUUUUCAGACUAUGCACACAUUUUGGACCCAACCUGACUCAUUAUAACGCAGGCCUGUCUAACCUACUUUUCUUUUACUGCAUCCAGUGUCUGACGUUGCCCCGCGUUAUUGCACCACCCUGCAUGUCCAACUUGUCUUCCCCCGCCAUUCAGUCGCUGAACGGUGCCCAUGAUCGACCUGUUAAACAUUUAAAGCACCGUGCCCACGUGGGCUUGGUCGAAGGGGCACCGCGAAGUAGCGCUUAGCUUUUAAUGCACCAGAAAGAACCCCAAGUCAGCGUCCACCACCUGUUCUUUCUGCGCGAGUCCAGGGGGGGAGAUAACUUGUGCCUCAGGAAGGCGGACAGGUUACACGCUGAGUCCACAACUGUCGGUUAGUAAGAACGGCCUUCGCAAAGACCAAGUGCGAAAUAAGCAGGCUCUCAAGUCUGACGAAAAGGCGGUCGCGGAUCACGCAACGUAAUUCUUUCAGAUGUUGCCGGUCACAAAUCUGAAAAAUCAGUUGCUAAUGUAAAGGCCACAAGCCAUAGCGGUAUUACGACAUGACGAAUGUUGUUCGCCAUUAAAUAACACCCAACCUACUGCUGUCCACCAGUCCUGGAACCCUAAUCUAAUAUAACGAAAGGGUGGAUGUAGAGGUUUGCCUUUGAAUUCGGUUCAGGCGGAACACGAUGCUUGUAUUAUGCCGUCUCAAACAACCACUGUACGGCGAGUCAGAAUUUCAUUGCGUUUUUGGACUGCCAGAAGGAUAUGUUUGACAUACGCUGGUUGGAUUUUCUGAGAGUCGGUGACGCCCUAGGAAGCAAUUGUCUGUCCAAAAGCGGGAUUCUUGCUGACAUCUGAUUUGGCAUGACAGAGGUUACACUUCAUAGUCACGGCUACCUGUGAAGUCGCAACGUGUUCUACCCACAUUCGUCCAAUCAAAUUUUCUCCGUUGUCCGUCAAAUUGGCGCUGCAAAGCCUUAGAAUAUGGUAACGCAGACCGGAAAACGAUUCUUAAGUGUCCAACCAACUAUCGUAGAACAUGAACCGCACUGGUCCGUGGCGCUGUUGCCAGCUAAAGCAGCACUGAUGUUAGCUGUGACAAGUACAGUUUGGUAGAGGGUAGAGGACUUCAAUUUACUAUCCGUUGUACGUAAAUAUUUAGGACUCAUUCUCUCCGGAUUACUUGAUUAUGGACAUAGUAUUCGAUAUAUUGAAAAUGCCUCCUUCCUGUCGGGGUCCCAAUCAUUGCCUUUGGACCAUGAAAAGUGGAGUUGCGUAAAUGUGUUUAUUUGCAUACAUUUCCAUAAACGGAAUAUCACUACCUCAGUUUCCGUGUCGUUUGCCGUCAUACCCGGAAAUACCAACACUUUGAACUCUUGUUACGAAUUAACUCUUUGGUCCGGACAAAGGCAACAAAACUAGAUUGGAGCCUCACGGUUACAUGAGCAAUCCUAUCUUUAAUCCCCAUGGUUCCCGCCGCUAACUGCUUCGUGAGUUGUCGCCUCGUGUUCGGCCAGCUUACAGUUAAAUGAUAUAGACAAACUAUCAGACAACAGGUCUCGUAUGCCCACUUUCAACGGCCACCCUUCUGCGUCCUACACAGUUUGGAUACUCCCGAGCGUCGCUCUUAAUUAAAUUUGCUUAAAAUCUUUAGUUUCAGAAAUGACCUGCCAUUUGCCUCAAUGUCAAGACUGAAGUGCAUUCAAAUUCUCCGUUUAAAUCUAUCGGCAACGAUCGGGUGAAGGCCUCCAAACACACACGACCAGCCAAAGGUGCCUGCCUUACGGGAAAAGUGGUAGUAGGGGUUUUACGGGCGGGGCCUAUGUAUGCAUAGAGGAGUGACAAAAUAAGUAUAAAUAAUUGGUAAAUUUGUUUUUUGCGCGGGAGAGUUUUAAUGCGUUGGCAUAUAGCAACCGAAAUUAAGCAGGGCAAGGGCGCUUCAACACAGUUAUAGUAGUCCGCUGGAUAGAAGACUACUAAACCGCAGACUGGGCAGUCUGUACUUGUCACAGAUUUAACAACUGCUCGUCGAGGCUAUAUUUGGCUGUCAACUAUGAGGCGAUUCCGCACUCCUAUUCUUGCAGCCUGUGCUCGCUCUGUUCCUAUUAAAAUCUCUAAAAUGUUGAGUCAGCGAGUUUAUCGAGCCCUACGGCUCUACAGCUGAGAUGAUUGUUACCUAAUUCGCACGCGGUUUGCCACAUGUACCUUUCAGCCACGUUCAAAGCAUAUGCGCAUCAAGAAUUACCAUUUAUCUUUGACGCUGAGCACCACUGUAAUUGGCAACCGCGUGCGCACUUCGUACACACUUGCUAUCAGGGUCUUGAACAAGAUUUUUUUAAAUAGAAGCCCUGGCUUGCUCAAAUAA